AUGCUCGGCUCGUCGGGCGUGGUGCUGUUCUCGGCCGUCGACUUGGCCCACGCCCAAGCCGCGCGCUCGAUGCGGCGAGGCGCUUCGUUCGCCGACUCCGCCUCGUGCCGUCGCCCGGUUGCAACGAGCCUUGCACGCACGGAUUACACGUCCGACUCGCGCACCGAGUAUGAGCUCGUACAAGACGCUGCUUCGAUCCCACCCAUGCUCCAAGCCGAACCGUCACCACCGCCCCGCCCCCGCACCAUAAACUUUAGCAUCCAAGAGUCGGACGCCACCAAGCUCGUUGUGAGCGGUCGGGCGAUUCUACUCGGUGCGAUCCUCGGUGUCGGCCUUGGCUUUCUCGUUUCGCGCGUGCCACUUCUCAAGACUCACCUCUCGAUCUGGGUCGCUCUGCCCGGUGAUUUGUUUGUGCGUGCACUGCGCUGCCUUGUCGUGCCCAUGGUCUUUACGGGCAUCACAGUGGCGAUUGCCGACGCCGUUGACAAGGGCAAGGCAUCCGUGCUCGGGCUGCGGACACUCGGUUUGUUUGCCCUCUCGAGCGGUCUCUCGACGGCGCUCGGUCUCGGCGUCGCGCUUCUCUUUCAGCCUCUCUUUGUCGGUGUCGCGCCAGCGGCGUCCGCGCCCAUGUCGCCGGCGCUCGCGUUCAAGUGCCACAAUGGUUUGUAUCUCGAGAUGGCGGUGAAUGGAUCUGUAAGCUGCACGUCGUCGGCACCGUCGACGUUUGAAGUCGCCGACGUGAACGAUGCCAUGCUGUCCCGUGGCUUUCUCAACACGAACGACGUGACAAGCAUGACGACGCAGCUGCUGCGGAUGGUGGAGCUCCUCGUGACCGACAAUAUCUUCCACGCUUUCGCCGAGGGCACGCUGCUGAGCAUCAUCAUGUUCGCAUUGCCACUCGGCGUCGCAAUCGUGCGCAGCCACCACGAUCGCUCGCGGGGGGGCACCCCGCCCCCCAACCCCCUCUUGCAACUGUUUCGCCAAACGCGAAAUGCGUUUUUGGUCUUGGUGCACGCACUGCUUCGGCUCACGCCGCUUGCAAUUGUGUUUUUGAUCGGCGGUGCGAUCGCAAGCCUCGACGCCAACACAGCGACGCUCAACCAAGUGCUUUUGGUCUUGGCGGCGUAUGCGUCCGGCGUGGCUAUCCACGCACUGCUCGUGCUGCCCCUCCUCCUCUUUGUCUUGACGUGGGUCAACCCCUUUGCGUUCAUGCAGCAUCUGCUCCCGUCGUAUACGUUUGCGUUUGGCUGCGCCUCGUCGAUGGCGACGCUACCGAUCGCACUCGCCGACCUCCAAGCGACGCGAUCGACGCCCAAUUCGCUCGCGUCGCUCGUCAUGGCCCUCGGUACGACCGUCAAUAUGAACGCUGCGGGGCUCUACUACCCGCUCAUGACCGUCUUCUUGGCCGCGACGGGCUCCAGUGGCCCGGUGGACCUCUCGUCGUCGCAGCUCAUUGUGCUCUUCUGCAUGAGCUUGCUCGGUGCCAUGGGCACCGCCCCCGUUCCAAACGCGGGUCUUGUCAUGCUGCUGACGGUGUGGAAGACUGUGCUGCCGCAUGCGUCGGUGCCGCCGUCGUUUGCGCUCGUCGUCGCCAUGGACUUUCUCAUUGACCGCAUCUCGACAGCGCUCAACGUUCACGGCAAUGUGAUUGUCACGCGCAUCGUGGCCGAGUACGUCGACGAAGCGGCGCUUGACGAUUCAAGAACACACGACGUCGAACCGCGUCGUCUAGAGAAUUUGUAGCAUUUUUGUCGCGUUUUUGGCGCUAUUUAUCCCCGACUGUGUACACUCCCAAGGUCAUAGUUAUCCUUGACAUUAAGAUCAUUGAACUGAAGCAACGGG